AUGCGUACCUUUGUGAUAUUGUCAAUUUUUGCUAUCUUAGUGGCAACCGUCUUUGGUAGUGAAGAUCAAAUUCAAUCAGAAUUAUUAAGGAGAGUCCGCAGACAAUUUGGAGGAGGAAUAGGUCAAUUGGGACAAGCUCUUGGAGCUGGAUUUGAAGCUGGAGUUGAAGCAGCUGAAGAAGUUCUUGAGGAGGGUGCUUAUGGUGGUCAAGGUUUCGGUAAUCAAGGUUUUGGUCAAGGAGGCAGCUAUGGUGUUCAACCUGGAUACGGAGGUGGUUUUAACCAAGGAUAUGGCGGAUACCAACGUUAA